GCCCCCGGCCCCGCCCGCGGUUGCCCGGGGAACCACGGGCUCCUGCAGCUGCAGGAGGCGUCCGGUCCCGCUGAGCAGCACCAGCCGCUGGCGCCGCUGCUACCGCCAUCUCCGCCGCUAGCUCCGCCGCUGCCACCGCGCCCAGCUCCUCUCCGGCUCCCGAGUCCUCUCCGCCCGCCAUGCAUCCCCGCCGCACCCAGGCGCCCGGUGCCCAGCUGCUGCCCGCGCUGGCCCUGCUGCCGUUGCUGCUGCUCGGUGCUGGGCCCCAGAGCGGCUGCUUAGCCAGCCCGGUGCCCGCCGCGCCCCUGUCUGCUCCGGGACCAUGCGCCGCUCAACCUUGCCGGAACGGGGGUGUGUGCACCCCGCGUUCGGUGGCCGUCCAGGAGCAUCCUGCGGCUGAUGAUGAGCCCGGCUACAGCUGCACCUGUCCCGCUGGGGUCUCCGGCACUGACUGCCAGUUUGUUACAGACCCUUGUGCCAGCAACCCUUGUCACCAUGGUAACUGCAGCAGCAGCAGCAGCAGCAGCAGCAGCAGCAGCAGCAGCAGCAGCAGCAACAACAACAGCUACCUCUGCAUUUGCAAUGAUGGCUAUGAAGGUCUUAACUGUGAACAGCCACUUCCCAGUGUUCCAGCCUCUGGCUGGACAGAGUCCAUGGCACCCAGACAGCUUCAGCCUGUCCCCGCCACCCAGGAGCCUGACAUAAUCCUGCCCCGCUCUCAGGCAACCGUGACACUGCCAACCUGGCAGCCAAAAACAGGGCAGAAAGUUGUAGAAAUGAAAUGGGAUCAAGUAGAGGUGGUCCCUGAUGUUGCCUGUGGGAAUGCCAGUUCCAAUAAUUCUGCAGGUGGCCGCCUUGUGUCCUUUGAAGUGCCACAGAACACCUCUGUAAAAAUUCGGCAGGACCCCACCGCUUCACUGAUCUUGCUGUGGAAGGUCACAGCCACAGGCUUUCAACAGUGCUCCCUCAUAGAUGGACGAAGCGUGACACCCCUCCAGGCUCCAGGGGGCCUUGUCCUGCUAGAGGAGAUGCUGGCCUUGGGACCAAAUCACUUCAUUGGUUUUGUGAAUGAUUCUGUUGCUAAGUCCAUCGUGGCUUUGCGUUUAACGCUGGUGGUGAAGGCCAGCAACUGCGUGCCUGGGGACAGCCGCUCAAAUGAUGUAGAGUGUUCAGGAAAAGGAAAAUGUAUCACGAAGCCUUCAGAGGCAAUGUUCUCCUGCACCUGCGAGGAUCAGUACAUUGGCACAUUCUGUGAAGAAUUUGAUGCCUGCCAGAGGACACCCUGCCAGAACGAGGCGAGCUGUAUUGAUGCAAAUGAGAAGCAGGAUGGGAGCAAUUUCACUUGCCUUUGCCUUCCUGGUUAUACUGGAGAACUUUGCCAGUCCAAGAUUGAUUACUGCGUCCUAGAUCCUUGCAGGAAUGGGGCCACAUGUGUGUCCAGCCUCAGUGGGUUCACUUGCCAGUGUCUAGAAGGAUACUUUGGUGCUGCUUGCGAAGAGAAGGUAGACCCUUGCAUGUCGUCUCCAUGCCAGAACAAUGGCACCUGCUAUGUGGAUGGGGUGCACUUCACCUGCAGCUGCAGCCCAGGGUUCACAGGACCGACGUGUGCCCAGCUCGUUGAUUUCUGUGCCCUCAGCCCGUGUGCUCACGGCACGUGCCGCAGCGUGGGCACCAGCUACAAGUGCCUCUGUGAUCCAGGUUACCAUGGCCUCUACUGUGAGGAAGAAUACAAUGAGUGCCUGUCUGCUCCAUGCCUGAAUGCUGCCACCUGCCGGGACCUCGUCAAUGGCUAUGAGUGUGUGUGCCUGGCAGAGUACAAAGGGACACACUGUGAACUAUACAAGGACCCCUGUGCUAACAUCAGCUGUCUGAAUGGAGGUACCUGCGACAGCGAGGGCCUGAAUGGCACCUGCAUCUGUGCGCCAGGGUUCACAGGUGAAGAAUGUGACAUUGACAUCAAUGAAUGUGACAGUAACCCUUGUCAUCAUGCUGGAACCUGCUUGGACCAGCCCAAUGGUUACACCUGCCACUGCCCUCAUGGCUGGGUGGGAGCAAACUGUGAAAUCCACCUGCAGUGGAAGUCUGGGCACAUGGCCGAGAGCCUCACCAACAUGCCCCGGCACUCACUCUACAUCAUCAUCGGAGCCCUCUGUGUGGCCUUUGUGCUCAUGCUCAUCAUCCUGAUUGUGGGCAUCUGUCGCAUCAGCCGCAUUGAGUACCAGGGCUCCUCCCGGCCAGCCUAUGAGGAAUUCUACAACUGCCGCAGCAUUGACAGUGAGUUCAGCAAUGCCAUCGCGUCCAUCCGGCAUGCCAGGUUUGGGAAGAAAUCUCGGCCUGCGAUGUACGACGUGACUCCCAUUGCCUAUGAGGAUUACAGCCCUGAUGACAAGCCCUUGGUCACACUGAUUAAAACAAAAGAUUUGUAAUCUUUUUUUUUUUUUGGGUUAUUUUUCAAAAAAGAUGAGAUACUAAGAUCAUUUAAAUAUUUUUAAGAAAAUUAAAAAGCUUAAGAAAUUUAAAAACGUUAGCUGCUCAUGAGUUUUCAGUAGACUACCAAGGAAAUACGUUUCUGCAGCUUUUAGUUUAAAAA